UUUAUUGCACUUGUUCCUCUCGUGGUUGAGAAGCAGCUUUAUCUCUGAAAAGACAUUUCCAAAGCAGAUUGAUUUAGUCAAAACUUUCGGAUCUUUUGAAAACAACAAAUAUGCCGAAGAAUAAAGGAAAGGGAGGUAAAAACAGGAGAAGGGGGAAGAAUGAGAAUGAAAAUGAGAAGAGAGAACUGGUCUUCAAAGAAGACGGACAGGAAUAUGCACAAGUGACAAAAAUGUUGGGAAAUGGUCGACUGGAAGCCCAGUGUUUUGACGGAGUAAAGAGGUUGUGUCACAUAAGAGGAAAGUUACGAAAAAAGGUUUGGAUAAAUGGUGGUGACAUUAUACUAUUGGGCCUCCGAGAAUUUCAAGACACAAAGGCUGAUGUUAUUCUGAAAUAUACAGCAGAUGAAGCCAGGAAUCUGAAGGCGUAUGGAGAACUGCCAGAAUCAACCAGAAUCAAUGAGAAUGUUAACGAUGAGGAAGCCGAGGACAACAUUGAGUUUGGAGAUUUUGACGGCGAUGACGAUGAGAUUGAUGAUUUAUAAAGAAGAUUUUUGUCAAAGCCUUUUAGUUGACUACAGAACAGAGGGACAUUUGAGCUGUGUUAGGGGAACCUCCUGGCUUGGCUACCUGUUCCGUUUCAUACAUCAUAAAAUCUGUCUGUUGUUUUCAAAUGUUUGGACAUUGAAGUGCAUGUAAAUUAUUAAGUUCUUAAAUGUACUCAAAACUUGAUGUUUUGAAGAUGACACUACCUGUAGAUACUGUGAACAGUUAAAAGUAUGAGCCUGUAUGUAUUCUUUGUCACUCAGUUGUUUUGCUGAACGUGUACAUACAUGUAUGAUACUUUGUCAGUGUUUAUUAAAUUGUAAUGUUGAACAAUGGACAAAAUCAUCCAUUAUAAUAGGAUACCAACAUUUACAUGUUUGUAUAAGAAAAUUUUUACUUCAUCUAUGAAACAUUCUCACCCUCACAUGUUUGCCUAUUGUCACAUAGUGUUGUAUGUGUAUGUUGAAAUUUUAUGGCUCCAUAUACAAUAUUUCGGGUUUAAUAUUUUUUCUCCACUCUUAUUCAACUAUGAAUGAACUGUUUAGAUCAUUUUUAUUUAAUAAUUCAGUAACUUUUGAUACAUUAUAUGAAUUUUGGCAUUUAAAUACUAAAAAAAAUUAUGGAGCUUGUUUCAGAUUAAGAGCUAUCUUUUCUUUCAUGUAAAUUUUUUUUUUCAAUAGGUGUAAUUAAAUAUCUGGAUAUAUGGUUAUGUUAAAAUACAUGUAUAAUUUCUUUGCUGAAAAUGGCAUUGGGAGGGGAUCAGGGAGUCAGAUUUAACAAUAUUUUCUUUGUAAAAAUUAAGUAAAAAGUGUUUUAUCUAAGAGUUGCUCUAUUUAAUUCUUAACAGCUAAAUUGCAUCCUUACCAACAGCAGUUUCUGCAACAGAUUGUUACAUUAAAUUAUACAUGUAAUUAAUGAAUUCUAUAUUUUCAAAUCAGUAUUUAGAUCAAAGGAUAAUUAUCUUUUAUACAUGUAGUGCAUUUAAAUUUGUUGUAAUUGAAAUUACAGGUACAUGUAUAAUUAUAUUUUGUGUUUGGAAACCUUAUGCAUCUAUACUUACAAUUCUUCAUAAGAUUACUCUUUAAAAUGGAAUAAAAACUUUUUCUGAUGCA